AUGAAGGUUCUCUUCAAUCUCAUGAUUCUCAUCUGUUUUCAAACUUCAUCUAUAAGAUCCCAACAGCAGUACACAGCAAAUCAAGUGUUAAACUGCAAAACCAAAGAUGAAUUGCUUUACACCUGCAAUGGCCACCACCACCACCAUCUCUCUUGCCAAUCGUUUCUCAUUUUCAAAUCCAAACCACCUUUCGAUUCUGUCACCACCAUCGCAGCCCUGAUGUCAUCCAACCCUCAUGAGCUUGCCCGCAUCAACCACGUAACAGAAACCGCCGUUUUCCCCAUCGACAAAGACGUCGUUAUUCCGGUGAACUGUUCCUGCUCCGAUCGGUGUAAUUACCAAGCCAUCACCACUUUCCUCCUUUCACCACAGGCAAAAACGUAUUUUAUUGUAGCAAAUUUGACGUUUCAGGGUCUAUCGACAUGUAGUUCUUUAAUGCAUGCGAAUAGAUACAGCGAGUUCGAUUUGGAAGAUGGGUUUGAGCUCAAAGUCCCGCUACGUUGUGCUUGUCCUACAAAAGAUCAAGUCUUGAGUGGCACCAAGUAUUUACUCACCUACUCCAUCGUUUUCAAGGAUAAUGUUCCUGAUAUUGCUCGGAGGUUUAACGUGAGUGUCGAGAGUGUGUUAAAAGCAAACGGGUUUUCUGAAACUAAUCCUACUUUGUUCCCUUUCACUACGAUUUUGAUUCCUUUAACAGAAGAACCUUCAAUUUCCGGAAGGGUAAUCCGACCAGAAACGUCGACAGUGCCUUCUGCAAAGAGAUCGCAAUCAAAGAAACCCUUAAAAGUUGGAAUUUCAGUUGUGUGUUCCCUUCUGGUUUUUCUGGGCAUUCUAGUUUUUUACAUGAGAAAAGGGAAAAAGGUACAAGAUAGUGAAGAAAUGUCACAUUCGCCUAAGGAUCUUCUUGUCGAAAUUGCAAGCUUUGAGAGAAUCAUCAAAGCUUUUAGCUUUCACGAACUACAGGAAGCUACAAAAAACUUUGAUCACAAGCGUAGGAUUAAGGGUUCUGUGUAUCAUGGAGUGUUUGGGAACCAGAUUGUAGCAGUUAAAAAGACGGGUAUUGAUGUAUCGAUGCAAGUGAACAUGUUGAGCAAGAUUAACCACAUCAAUCUGACGAAACUAUAUGGUUUUUGCAUGAAUCAAGAUUCGUUGUACCUUGUUUUCGAGUACAUGAAGAUGGGUUCUCUCAGAGAUUGGCUUAGAUCAGGAAAAAGACCGAAAGAAACUCAUAGUUUGUGUAGACGGGUUCAGAUUGCCAUGGAUGUUGCUCAUGGGCUUCACUAUCUUCAUAACUUCGCUAAGCCUAUGUAUAUCCACAACAACAUCAACAGCAGCAACAUUCUUCUUGAUAGCAACCUGAGAGCAAAGAUUUCAAAUUUCAGUCAUGCAAGAACAACAGAUCAUAUUCGUGUCCUCACUACAAGGAUCGUGGGUAGCAGAGGGUAUAUGGCUCCUGAGUAUGUGGGGAAUGGUUCAGUCACUUCGAAAGUUGAUGUGUAUUCAUUUGGAGUUGUGAUGAUGGAACUGAUAUCUGGAAAAGAUGCUGUGUUUAGAGAGGGAGGUCAAGAAGUAUUGCUUUCAACAACAAUGGCUACAAUCAUGGUCGAUGGAGUAAAUGCAAAAAGGGAGCUUAUGUGCAUGAUUGAUUUAGCCGAUGAAGAAGAUGGAAGCAUGGAGUAUGCAGUUCAAAUGGUGAAAUUAAGUCUGGCAUGUGUGAAACAAGAUCCAGAGAGCAGACCAAGCAUGGAUGAGGUAGUAUCUUCUUUAGUUAGAAUUCAUGUUGAUUUACAGAGGACUGUAGAUCGUUGUUCAGGAAGAAUAAUAUUAACAAAAUCUGAUCCCUUUAACGAGAUCAAUGUUUGUGAUGAUGACGAAAAAGGAUGUAAUGUAUAA